GGUGAUAAAAUAAUAUUGUAGAUUCAUGAAUACAAUACAAGAAAGCAAAUACAAGCAGAAACAGUGUAGUAGUCAUUUAAUCGUAUUAUAGUAACUUAGUAACAUCUAUUUAGUUUGUUAUGUGCUAGUAAUUGUAGAGGGGAUAGAAGACAAUCGUUGUGUCUGCUCUGUCAAUAGAAGUUUUAUUCUUUUAAAUUGUGAUCGAGAAUAAUGAGCAAUUGUAUUACAUAAUUUACAGCUGCAGAUUCGUAGUAAAAGGGAGUGUAAGCGGUAAUGGCAGUAAAUUUAAAACGAUUAUCUGUCCUUUUGAAGCAAUAUAAACUUUUCAAUUAUUCGAUGUCACGAAAUAUUUCAACUACAACUCCAAGAAUGGAAAAUGUUCUUGAAAAUUUACAAGAUAACCCUUAUUAUAAUAAGUAUGCAGAUCGAAUAGCAGCUUUACAGAAAACAUCUCCAGAAGAAUUUUUACAGAGACUAGAAGAACAACAGAAAAAUAAAAAGGGAGAGUCGAAAAAAAAGUUUGCUCCUAUCGAUACCAGUCAAUAUUCUUCAGUAUUGAAACCAAAAGAUGCUCUCCAGUCUGAUGUUGCCAACGAGGAUAAAAAACUUAGUGAUAUAUUCAAAAUAGAUUUAGUGCAGGAUAAAGAAGCAUCAGAAAUACAAGCUAUUUGGGAGGUGUAUCAUAAAAAUCGGGAAGUAAUAUCGGCAACAGUCCCUAAGAAUGUGUAUGUUGUGAUGCAAGAAAAUAUGAAGAAAUAUCCCACUUUUCUAUUCCCUUUGCCACGCUCACAGGGCUAUGAGUUUAUCAUGUGCCAGAACUAUGGAAGUACAGUACACUUCACACCACUGCUAGCAUAUCAGGUACAUAAAGAGAAUGCCCCCGAGUGUCUCACCAUGGUGCACUAUACAGAAUUUAUUGAGAAAGGAAUUAUACUUAUGAGAGGUGAAUAUGAUAAGAAUGUGUUGACUGGAAAAGAAGCACAAUGUUUGGCAAAUCAGUUUCAAAUGUACUACAGUGGCAAAGACCAAAAUAAGCUGCAACUCUUGGCAAAUUUUACUGAUCAUCCUGACACGUUCAAGCACAUGGACCUUAUAUCGCAGCUAGAAAGUAUAACUCUUGUAUAAAUAGUGUUGGUGAAUAGAAAAGAAUAUUUAAAAUGUUACUAAUUUGAGAAUUAAAAAUAUUGUAAUUGUU